AUGCCGCACGUUAGCUUUGGUGGUUACUACAGAAUUUUUGAUCCUUCAACUGCCUGGUGGGCUGCGGCAGUUAUUCCUGUGGAAGUUUCACCCUCACAGCUUCUCAUGCUAUUGCAGUUACAGAUUCUUUACUCUCUCUGCCCAUCCACAAUCGUUUCAAUCCACCCAUUAAUCUUCUCAAUUGAAGUAACCCUAACAUUAGAUGGCAGCUCCUUCAACACCAACAAUCACAUAGAAAUAUUGAAAGCAAUUGAAGUUGUCGAACGAGAUUCCUUCGCCAUUGCUCAGAGCUUCACCUCCGUCUUCGAAGCACUCCGAUUGUCCCUCUCUCAAUCCACCGACACCUCAUAUCAUCAUAUUCAAUGCUUCACCGACGCCGCCGGUCAUCUUCAAGAAUCCGUGCUUGAUGCAGCAACUAAAGGGAAUCGAUAUAUAAAUUCGUGUCUCAAAUUGAAUGAGGAAAUGAAGAGCGUUGAUAGUCUAGCAUCCCAAUUGUAUCCAUUCACUUUGAUCUUUGCUAAUUGUUAACUUAAUUUGUUUUUACUGUUUUUGUUUAUGCUACCUGGAAGGUUAAGCAUAGAUGUCAUUUACAAGUCACAAAUAGGGUACCAACCAAAAUAUCUGAUACGACGACAUUACCGUGGAUCCGACGUUUUCAUCGGUUUUAUAGAGAUGUGCGAUUUUCCGGUGGUAGAUCAAUUGUGCUGCGUUUCCGGUGGCGAGUUUGGUGGUGUCGGGUUCGAUAUGGUUGAAGCACUCCGAUUGUCCCUCUCCCAAUCCACCGACACCUCACUACAUCAUAUUCAAUGCUUCACCGAUGCCGUCGGUCAUCUUCAAGAAUCCGUGCUUGAUGCAGCAACUAAAGGGAAUCGAUAUAUAAAUUUGGGUCUCAAUGAACGGCAGAAGCAUAACUUUAAUGAGUGGAUGUAGCAUCUUUUACAAAACUGAAAUGCGUCGUAUAUGUUGUCUUUGAAUCAGCGGUGAAAGAGAGUAUCAGAGAGGAGACAAGAUUGCGUGGUACGCUGAUGGUGAUAAGAUUGUGAGGUACAUAAUGUUUGAGGUAUUGAUGUGGAGUCUACAUAUUAUCGCGAAUUGCAAAAUUGCAAAGGAGGAGCGCAGAG